CACUUCCUCCAGGAAAAUCACAGCAAGGGCUAUGGACCAGCGAAAUGACCGAAUUUCCUCUCAAAGAAGUUGGAUGAAAAUUGGCCAUACUUUCUUGAUUGGACUAUUUAUUUCACGUUUGAAAGGGCCAUAUAGGAGACACCCUGUAGCCGUUGCCCACUCUCUCAUAGUCUAAGAGAAAAACGGGAUAGAAGAAAAGCACGCAAGAAGGCCAUCAUGGGCGAAACGCAAACAUUGGCUUGACCCUUCGCUAUGGAAGUUAACUGACAACAGGAAGGAAGCUAUUAACCCUGCUCCUCUCCUCCUCUCGCCCUGGUGAGACUCCAACAACUCCUCCUCCCAGGCUGAGACCUUGGAGCAAAAAAAUGCAAAGGAGCUCCUGGCUGCCUCGGCUCUGUGCGCUUCUCCCCGGGGGAGGAAGAGGCGAAGAGAGGAGAGCGCAGCCUGAAGUCAAGUUCAGUUAGUUUGUGACUAGAGCCUGAACGUCCAGAAGAGACUCCCAGGGCUCCAACAUCCUUCCGCUGGCCGCGCAAGGCAGGCACCCCUUUUGACAAGCUUGAGUCUCCCCUUUUCUCGCCCCAAGUUUGAGUGCGGCCCCGCAGGUGGUGCAAACGCCCCAGCUCUCCGGCGCCCCCUGCUGGCGAGAGGGAAGGCGGCCGCGGAGCCUCUGGGCACAGCGCAGGGAGAGAGCUCCGGUGCCGGGAAGAAGCCGCGAGCUUCCCCGAUGGUGCCGCCGCCUCCUCCGUGCCGGGGAGGAGCAGCCAAGGGGCAGCUGGGCAAGAGCCUGGGGCCGCUGCUGCUACUCCUGGCGCUGGGACACACGUGGACCUACCGAGAGGAGCCAGAGGACCGCGACAGAGAAGUGUGCUCGGAAAACAAGAUCGCAACGACCAAAUACCCCUGUCUGAAGUCUUCGGGCGAGCUCACCACGUGCUUCAGGAAAAAAUGCUGCAAAGGAUAUAAAUUUGUUCUUGGACAGUGUAUUCCAGAAGACUAUGACAUCUGUGCCCAGGCUCCCUGUGAACAGCAGUGCACGGAUAACUUCGGCCGAGUGCUCUGCACGUGUUACCCGGGAUACCGAUACGACCGCGAGAGACACCAAAAGCGGGAGAAGCCGUACUGCCUGGAUAUUGACGAAUGUGCCAGCAGCAACACCACUCUGUGUGCGCACAUCUGUAUCAACACCAUGGGCAGCUACCACUGUGAGUGCCGGGAGGGCUACGUCCUUGAGGACGAUGGGAGGACCUGCACCAGGGGAGACAAAUACCCCAACGACACUGGGCACGAGGAGAAGGCCGAGAAUGAGGUGAAAGCUGGGUCUUGCUGUGCCACAUGCAAGGAGUUCUCCCAGAUGAAGCAGACGGUGCUGCAGCUGAAGCAGAAGAUUGCUCUGCUUCCCAACAACGCUGCAGAACUGGGCAAGUAUGCCAAUGGUGAUAAGGUGCUGGCCUCAAACGCCUACCUUCCAGGACCUCCCGGCCUGCCUGGGGGACAGGGCCCACCGGGAUCACCAGGACCCAAGGGGAGCCCGGGAUUCCCUGGUAUGCCAGGCCCUCCUGGACAGCCUGGCCCUCGGGGCUCAAUGGGACCUAUGGGACCAUCCCCAGACCUGUCUCACAUUAAGCAAGGCCGGAGGGGCCCUGUGGGCCCACCGGGAGCACCAGGAAGGCAUGGCUCCAAGGGGGAGAGAGGAGCACCUGGGCCUCCAGGGUCUCCGGGACCCCCGGGUUCUUUCGACUUCCUGCUGCUGGUGCUGGCUGACAUCCGAAACGACAUCACCGAGCUGCAGGAGAAGGUGUUCGGGCACCGAACUCACUCUUCAGCAGAGGACGCCCCUCUACCUCAGGAAUUUUCCAGCUACCCGGAGACCCUGGACUUUGGCUCUGGGGAUGACUACCCCAGAAGAACUAAAGCAAGAGACUCCGAGGCCCCCAGAAACUUUUAUCCAUAGCACAUCCUGCCUUCAUGUCACCAGGAGAAAAGCAUGGCUUGGCCCAGUCAUAACAUCUGAAGAAAGUUACCGCUGAAGGCCUAAAGCCCUUGGGCUGUCUUCCUGCCUUCUCUUUUUAUUCUGCUUCCCAAGUGUCCUGCACGUCCCACCAGCAACAGGACACAAUGGUUCUUGAGGAGCUGCUGGGUGGCUUUCCUUAACAUCCUAGUUUUUUCUGGAGCUUCUGAAUUUCUAAGUUCACUGUUCCCACAGAAACGGAAAUUUGGACAGAGUUCCAAAAGGGAGAAAAUGGCAAAGUGAGCUCUUGGAAGUGUACUAAGGUCCGUUCUAAAAGGAAAGUUAUGUUCAAAAUACUUGACUAUUCACCCUCUGAUGUCGGGAGUGUGGCUCUUCAGUUAAGGAGGGGAGGAUGUGGGAGGAGCAUCAUGGAGAUCGACGUUGGUUAAAAAAAUGACUUUUCCUUUGCAACAUCACGGAUUCCAAAUUCUGAAUCCUAUUUUUCAGUCUUGUUUUUUUUUUACAUAUAUGUAUAUUUCUGUAACCAAAUAUAUUGGUUACAGAAACAAAAGAAUAGAAAAGAAGUCCAAAAUGUACUGGUGGCCAGAGGAGCCAUCAGGUCCUGAUCCUGGCUAAAUCAAGGCUGAAGGGAAGUUGCUGGCCUGGAAUCUUGGCAGAGGGUGACAGGGAGGCAUUGAGAAGGGCUUCACUAAAGCUAGCUCACCAGAGGCAGAUUCGUCUGCUCUUAGGAUAUUUGGAGUCCUCAUCCGGACUCAGCAAAUCCAACUGGUGCCCUAGAAAUAUUGCACAGCUGAGAGGUCUCUUAGAUAGAGGAGGGUAAGGAAUUGUUUCUAAGCAGGCAUAAUUUCCCACCAUUUUCUCCUGCUUUAGUUGAAAUUCCCAUCCUAGAUCUCCUUGACUCUCUCCUGGACCAGGUAGAGAAGGCUUGGGGAGAAGCACAUUCCCCAUGUCUCCCUGAGUUCUUUCUAGAGCACUUCUAGAAAUCGUGUUCCCAGAAAGGAGCAAGAGGCCAGGUGCCUUCCCUUUCUUUGGGUUCUCUUGAGCUUUCCAGGGAUCUUGUUCCCAUGGUCACCUGCACUAGGGUCUGUUUACUACCCUUCAGUGUCCCCUCUAUUUCUAAGGAGUUUCCCUUUUAGCCCCCAUCUUCUCCACCCCCCAUGAGACAGCUGGUCAGGAGAAAACUGUUGUUGGGGUUUGCAUAACCCUGUACUAUCCGUUCUUUUUCCUUAGCAAGGAGAAGGUGUUCUGUCUACAGAGCUCAGGUGGCCCAGUGGGUUUUUGCUUCCCCUCCCAACCCUCUCAUGAUUCUCUUCCUUCCCUCUCUUUUCUUUCUCUCCCUUUCCUCCUCCCUUCAAAAUCCCUUUACUUCUCUUGCUUUCUCCCCUUCCUCCAUCCCUGCUUGCCUGCUGGCUGCCUUCUGUCAGAAAGGCAAUGUUCCCACCCACUCAUACCAAAUCCCCAGUGGCUGUCCACCAUCAGGUCAUGGUUAAGGCAAACACACACUUGCACUGCUUGCUUGCUGUCUCUUCCUCCUUCCCCCUGGGUCUCUCCAGAACCUGAGCACCACCCCAGAUGGCCUUGUCAACCGUGGGUUCCUGGGGGAGAUCACAACCACAGUCAAGUCCCACCUGGACUCUAUUUAAUGUUUGCCCUCUUAUAGAACCCAGAGUUUAAAGGGUGUGGAUGGAUGAAGUCUCAAAAAUAUGCAAGGCUCUAUGAGCAAUGAUUGUGUCCAUCUUUUUAUGAGGAAUUUUAUAACCUCUGUUUUUUCUAGACAGUGAAAUGUGUGUAGAAACAUAAUCUUUAUUGCUGAAUGCUGGUAAAAUACAAGCACACUCCACGCUGGGCCAGAGGCCAAGAUAAUGUACUAAAAGAAUAAAGUGCAAGUCAUAAUAGCUGGGAUUCAUGAGUCUCUCCUAGAUAAUUAUCUCCAGUAAAACACACAAGAGCCUGUAUUUGGUAACCUCAGUCUGCUGGACCAUGUCAGUUUGGGUAAUCAUUACUCCUCAGAUUUUCAAACCUUGGACUACUAACUAUAAGACCAAAGUAUAUCCUCUACUUAUCGAGAGCAUGGGGGGCAUUUUAGUGAGAAAGCAUUAUUGCUCAUGUAUCUUUUAGUCAUGGAUAGAAAAAAAAAUCAAAGCUUUACUAUCUAAGCAAACGUAUGCUCAAAAUCCCAUGGGAAGGCCUUUGGGAGGAAGGACAGUAUAAAACAGAUUUACUGAAUCACUUCAUAUCUCAUGACAAAAAUGUUUCAUUUUUUAAUACCUCUGUCAACCCUUUAGUAGGACUUAGCAAUAAAUUGCCUCUGUGUUAUAAAGAAUUGAGAAUAAAAACUCACUGACAAAAUAUAAGGAAGACAUGCAUUUUAGUUUAGAAAAACUAUUCUCCCUUCCCAGUUUCAGAGGGAAAAUUAGCUUUCCUAUGGAAAAAAAAAAACAAAAGUAUUAGGAGCCAGAUGCUAUGGUAUAUAUCUGUAAUCCUGGCACCUGAGAAGUGGAAAUAGGCAGGUCAGGAGUUCAAGAUCAGCCUCAGCUACAUAGCAAGUUUGAGGUCAGUCUGGGCUAUACAAGAGCCUAUCUCAAAAUAAUAAUAAUGAUGAUAAUAAUAAAUCUAAUAAUGAGUAGGGUACUGGAGAGAUGACUUAGCAGUUUAACGAUGCUUGCUACUCUUCCAGAGGGUCAGAGUUUAAUCUCCAACUCCUGUAUCAGGCAGCUCACAAACUCCUAUAACCCCAGUUCCAGGUGACCUACUGCCCUCUCCUGGCUUCUGAGGCAUCUGCACUCCCAUGCACAUAUAUACACGUAGAUACACACAGAGAUAAUGUAAAAUAAAGGCUUUUUUUUUAAAAAAAAAAAGAGUGGGUCCAAAGGAGAUGUUGGCUUUUCUUGUUUUCUAUGUUACUCUCCAAUACAGAAUUAACUAAAGUCAUAUUGUUGUGCAGAGUCCAUCAUCCAAGAGGUAAAUGCUAAGUGCUCGUUGACCUUCAAGGGAGAGGAAUAUCACCCCACCCAAAGACCAGGUGCAGAGCACCCAGCUAGGUCCAGAUAGGUCAUGUUGUCUUUCCAAGGUUCUGAACAGCCUUGGCCUUAGGACAGAUCUUCUUCAAGACCAGCCAUCAUAUUUCAUCUUGGGGGUUUCAGUAAGCAACUCCCCAUCUUAUUUUGAGCAUCAUUUCCCUCCUCUUCCUUUAUCUCGGCUUAUCUCACAGAGACAGCCUUGGCCACCACCUCCCGCAAGCCGCAAAAUGAUCUGCCAGGCAGCUUUUCUGAAGGGGAAAGUUAUUUGCUGAAAUCUGAGCCAAACAAUUAGUAGAAUAGAGCCGCCUAAAGUUAUCGGUCAUGUAUUCAGGAAACAGAUGCAUUGUAUCCAACACAGUAAUUACAUAUGUUCACAGCAUUUCACAGUUAAUUUUCUAUUGGGCUAAGAAAACAAGGGCUGCAAAUGUUACAGAUGAAAUGACAUGCUUUAUAUACUUCUGCAAAUGUUACCAUCACAGAGAAACCAUGGAAAGGGCGAUGGGGCUACACACCCCUCAGGAAGCUCAGCACGUUUUGUCAGAUUCCCAGAGGUUGGUCCCUGAGGGGUUCAUAGUCCGUUUUGACUUCCCAGUGACUGGUCAUAUACUUCACUAUCUUUGUCCAUUAUUUAUAUCAGAUAUAUAUCAGUCAAAUUGAUAUUCCAAUAGUCAUGGAUGUAAUACUAUGAAGUGCUUUUGUAUGACUAUAUAUGCUUAAUAACAAAGUUAUUUUUCUUA